CCCCCUCGGUACGCCGUUGUUCAAUAUCCCUCGCCGUUCAUAAAAAUGUACAGUUCGUUCUUUUGAAUUACCACAAGCGAUGAUCUACUAAAACUGUUAAUCCACGCGUGCUGCAAAAAUACGCAAAGCGUCGGUUUUCCAGAGACGAGAAACGGUAAUCUGUGUAUUUCUAAGAAGUUUUGUUUGCGGAGCGAAGAUGAUGAGGAGCUCAAAAAACGUGUGCAGGGCCUGCAUGGACGACACCGCCACUCUGGUGGAUCUCUUCGCCGAAAUCCGGGACCCGACGUUCGAUCAGCCGGAGAUGAGGCUUUCCCACAUCCUGGCCCAGUGCACCAAUCGCCCGGUGGAACGCGACGACCUCCUGCCGCAGUACAUUUGCCUGUCCUGCGUCCUGGCCGCCCAGAACGCCUUCCGCUUCAUGUGGAAGUGCGAGCGGAGCUACCAGAGCCACUGCUCCAAGGCCUUUAUGCGAAACGAUCCCCUCAAAACGCACCUUCAGACCCGCGACUACGAGGGCCCGCUCUCCUGCAGCGAGUGCUCCGCCGUGUUUAUCGAAGGCAUUCACCUGGAAAUCCAUCGGAGGGAACACCUGCCGAAGGAGGGGUCUCUACAGUCCGAUUCCACAGAAGAGCUUGACUCGGAGGAAAGCGAUCGAAAGAAGGAUGUCAAACCAAACUGGGCAGAGUACAGCACAAAAGGCAGGACCAAGGAACCCCCGGUGCCGAAACCAAUGGAUUUUAAGGCCUGCGACCUCAGCAAGGAAAAUCUGGAGAUUCACAAUAUUCUUAAGCCCCAGGUGCUUCGCCACGAGGAACCGCUUAACCAUGGCUGUAGUCCUGCGAGUAACACCAGCGAAGAUGCUGACGUCAAAAAGAAGUGGUUCCGAGGCGACAGUUGUAGCAAUACAGAUCAGAAAUCAAGAAAGAAACGGGCCAAGAAACCGAAGUGCGAAAUCUGCCGCAGAACAUUCUGCAGUAAUUCCAGCCUCAAACGGCAUAUGCUCACCCACAACCAUGAUACGGAACCGCUGAAGUGUUCUUACUGCACUGAAGAAUUCCGAUCAGAAAACCUUCUCAAGAGACAUGAGCGUGGUCACUCCGGAGAUCUGUUUCGUUGCCAAUUUUGCUCGUUGGCAUUUUUAGACACGAAAAGUUUGCGGCAGCACCAGAAGCGCAUUCAUGGUAACCGGCUGGGAUCGACCGAGGAGAAGAGCGCGUCCAAACGAAUGGCUAGCCGUUUGGCUGUUCGGAAACAAUCAAUGAAAAAAGAAGUCUAGUUUAAGAGCCUCAACGAUUUGAAACAGUAUAUGUUAUUACAAAAUAUUCAUUUGUUGACUGAAAGCUUAAUUGUUUGUUUUAUAAAACAAUCACUUUCUUUUCUACAUUGUAUUAUUAGUUUAAUCUUAUCAAUAUCAUUCGAAACCCGAUAACGGACGGAAAUAACUUAAAUAUUUAUUAAAUUUUAAGAUCGCUAUUGUUAAAACGACCUGAAAUAUCGUUUAUUAUUAUUAAUCUUUUCAAACUUGACUAAAAAAAUAAACUGACUUGGUUUCUCAUAUCCUAGUUCUUUAGUUUAUAAAUUUUAUGCACGGCCACCAAAUUUGGUUGCUCAAGCCGCUAAGCCAAAACAAAUUAAAAACAAAAAAAAUAGGAUCUUUGAAAAAUAAAUAAAAUAUAUAUUAUAUUCGUAAUUAACAAAGGAA